AUGAGGCCGUCCCAGAGCGGGCGAUCGGAUGAGAGACUGCAACACCUGGAAGAGAAACUGGAUCUCCUUCUCAGUGGAGGCGGCUUGAUGAACCAGCGCCCGCGACAACGACAGCAAUCGCUCGAGGCGGUCACCGACACGUCAGAGAAGUCUUACUCGGCAACCCCUCCAGGGCGCAAGCAGAGCGUCAGCUAUCCGUCUGACAAUUCGUCAACGGCGGUCGUGUUCGACCCCGAUGACAUGGAGACGGGUCUUGACCUGUACUUCAAGUAUUGUCACAGACAACCGAUCUGGUGCUUUGAGCGUGAGGAGGUUGGCGACUACAGGACUCUCCCGGAAGACCUAGCCAGCAGCAUCCUCGCCCUGACCUCACGAUUCUCCGAUAAGCGCGACCAUUUGCAACUGUACAGUAAUAAUGCAAAGACUUUGAUCAUGCUGAGGAUAGCAAACGGCACAGUAGACCUCACGACCAUCGAGAGCCUUUGUCUUCUUUCUUAUUCAUCAUUCAUAGACGGAAACGUCCACCUUGGCCAAUUUCACCUCGGCCUAUCUCUUCAGCUUUGUCGAUCUGCUAUGCUUGACAUAGAGUCGGUGUAUCUUUUAGAUGAUCCGACGACAGAUCGCAAGAAACGACUUUUCUGGAGUCUUCAGUUGCUGGAGCAGUCGUACGGCCGGCAAGACGGUCUCCUGAGUGUGCCAACGGACAUAUGGCGACCGGCGUACUCUACGGGAGGCGUCAACCACACGGACGGAGAAACCAAAGCGCCACCGUUACCCCGAGACAACCUCGGAACGUCAACACCAAGUGAGCCUGGAAUCUGGAACACGAGUGUCCGUCUGGGAUGGGUUUGGAGCCAGGUCAGGAAAUACGUGUCCGACUGCUCCCAUAACAUCCUGAAGGAGCCAUGGCGUCAUGACUCCAUGUAUGCCAAGGUUCUCUCUGACUUUAUGGAGACAGAGAACCGCAUCCCCAUGUGCCACCGUUACGAUUCGGUCAAGUUCUACGAACGCAAGAUCGAUGAGCUGAAGGUAAACCGGGACUACUGGGCCUGCUGGUUGAAGGAGCAGUUUACAUACCAUGCAAUCCCUACCGUCUUGAAUCAUCCGUUUCUCUACAUUGUCGGAGCACAGCACAAUCCCAAUCUGGGAAUCCCUAAUACGUUUUGGAGGAGAUCAUCUGAGCAAGCCCUGCUUCAUGCCACUUGGAUCGUUCGCAUGAUAGACAUGGUUGUGGACAAGCAGGUGCCGCUGGUAGAUCCGUUCUUUGGACAUGUUGCGGCGAUUGCAGCCACAGUACAUCUGUAUUACUGUUGUGCUGCAGCUGCGAGGUUGAAGCAUAAGUCCAACACCGACUUCGCCAAGUGCAGGAGGUUUUUGAAGAGUUUCAUACCUUGUUCCGCUGCUUGCGAUGCCUUGGAUCGCAACCUCGACAGAAUGACGCGCAUUGCCGCCGGCUCAGAGGGCAUGGACGUUGAAGACUGGAUGCCCUCCAAGAUCUACCUCAGCGUCCCUCUCAUGUGGGAGAUUCUGCAAUUCAACUCGACAACAGACUCGCAAGAAAUUCCCACCGCAGGGCUCCUGGACGCCUCUCUCACACCGGCACUUCCACCAGUUGACACCAGUGAGAACUCGACGCUCGAGAUCAUUGUGGCAACAUCACCCGAAAUCACAAUCAACACUGCAGAUGGAGGCCAAGAGGCGCCCACCUUGUCUUACAAACCGAGCCAUAACAACAAUAAGUUCAAUAACAAUAAGCACAACGUGUCUUCGGCCAAUUCAUCCUCUCGGCAAAAUGUCUUUGACACACCAUCCGUCGAGCAAAUUGACAGCCUUACCUUCAACACCACACCAUGGCUGUAUGCGGACUCUUCCCAACUCAUCAAUAUCGGAGAACUACCUGACCUCCAGUCGGAGCCCGGGAAUGCGUGGUGGGAAGGUGACAAUUUCAACAAUAUCAUGUUUAAUCAGUUCUAG